AUGCCCUUCUUUAGUGAUUUCAGGAUCCAUGUUCGUUAUCCAAGCAAUAUAGAUUUGUCACCAUCAGAGAGUUCCAUGAAUUCUUCUCUCAAACUUGGAAGUGGUUCUACUUCUACCAGACAGAAUUAUGCAGGAAAACAUCCCUAUUUACAGAAUCACAUGCCUACCCAAGGUCCUGGGGGUGGUCUGCUUUCACAAAACCAGAGGACAGCAGUUCCUCAAGUAUCUUGGGUUAGUAGUGGUCAAGGUGUAACAGAUCUCCCAUUCCCAAAAAGGCUGGGAGUUGAGUUUAAUGGGAGAGAUAGCCCUCAAUCUGCUGAGAGAAAAAUAAGCUUGCAGACAACUAGUGCAGGUCAAAGUCAAACACAUCAGUAUCCAGAUAAUGUUGUUCGACCUUCUAUUGCACCUGUCAGUUAUCCGAUGAAUCCUCAAGGUCCCCUUUUCAGUCAUGGCCAAUCUCAAAUGGUUCAGCUUCCUAACAAUCCUAGAGGACAAGAUCCUACAACUUCUGUUGAUGGUCUCUCUAAUAAUUCUGAGUAUUAUGCGAGACCAUAUCACAAGAGAAGUGCAGUGGCCCCACCUUCAAGCACCCAUUGGGUUCAACGCCAUAAGAUGUCACAUCCAACAACUACUCAUCAUUCAAUGCCAAUCCGAUUCCCCACAAAACCAGCUGCUUCUGUAACAGCCAAUCUUGCUCAUCCUUCCAUACCAAUCUACCAAUCACAAUCACAGACUCAACAACCUGCUCCUAGUCCUACAGUCUCUCAUAUUACAUGGAAAGAUCCUGAGACAAGUCCUCCUGAAUUGACAAAAUAUAAAUGCUUGCUAUGCAAGAGGGAUCUUUCAUUAACAUCAGAAGGUGCAGUAUACCAGCCUACAACACCACCAGUAGUUGCUGUUCUUCCUUGUGGCCAUACUUUUCAUGAUCAAUGUUUGCAAAAAAUCACUCCUCAAGACCAAGCAAAAGAUCCGCCUUGCAUUCCUUGCGCCAUUGGUGAAAAUUAGGUCCCAUCUCUAUUCUCUAACCCUACUUUUUAUGGGUCCUUAUAUAAAUAUAUACAUAUUAAACGUAUAGAUAGAUGAUGAUAUUUGAGAUCAAUUGGAUGAUUUUUGUUCUAAUCACAUAACUCAAAACUCUGCUAAACUGGUAGAGAACUGAAAAGAUUUGAUUUAGAC